CGUAGCACACUCUCUCUGCUGCACACACACACAGCGAUACAGACACAAAUAAAAAGCAGAAGUGGUGAGAGGAACAGGGUUUGGGGCAACGUGGUUGGCUAUGGCUCACAGCUCUGACAGCAAUGAUUCCAGUUACACUAAAUCCCCUUCGCCGGCGGGCAGCAGGAGGGGCUCCUCAGACAACAUAAAGAAAGUGAUGAGAAGGGAGAAGAACCGUAUCGCUGCCCAGAAGAGCAGGAUGAGACAGACCCAGAAGGCAGACAGUCUACACCUGGAGAGUGAGAACCUGGAGAAGGAGAACACAGCUCUGAGGAAGGAGGUGAAGAGACUAACAGAAGAGGCCAAGUAUCUCUCCUCCGUCCUGACUACCCAUGAGCCUCUCUGCACCGGCCUGCCCCCCCAGAUGACCCCUGACCUCCUCUACUCCCCUCAUCAUCACUCCGUCUCCCCCCACCACCACGGGAGCAGUGUUUUCCACCACCAGCACAGCAUCGCUGUGUCGCACUACCAGCACUGAUCACCACCGACCACCAGGGGGUGCUAAAGAGAAGCUGGAGAGGUUUACUGACCUUGGUAAAGUGGGUGAAGAGAGCCACUUGAACUAGCCUCGUUAAACCAGGUCAGUCUGGUUUCAAGAGGCUACACUUGAACAGGAGGAAGUUAAAGACUGGUGUUUUAGGCAGAAUUAAUGGUAUCUUUGUUUCAAUGGAACAGGCAGCUCUCAUUAAUGGUAUCUUUGUUUCAAUGGAACAGGCAGCACUCAUUAAUGGUAUCUUUGUUUCAAUGGAACAGGCAGCACUCAUGAAUGGUGUCUUUGUUUCAAUGGAACAGGCAGCACUCGUGAAUGGUGUCUUUGUUUCAGUGGAUCAGGCAGCACUCGUGAAUGGUGUCUUUGUUUCAGUGGAACAGGCAGCACUCGUGAAUGGUAUCUUUGUAUCAGAUCAACUAUUUUAUGAUUUUAAAAGAUGAAAAAUGCUGCUUUUACACAGGCAGCCAAAUUCUGAUAUUUUGCCCAAUUAUUGGCAAAAGAUCUGAUCUGAUUGGUCAAAAGACGAAUUAGUGGCAAAAGAUCAGAAUUGGGCUGCAUGUGUAAACACAGCCAAAGGCACAUAGAUGUGAAAUUACCAUCUAUGACUCGACCAUAGAACCAAUGGCUUGACUAUGCAAAUAGUCCAUAUCUACAGGACAGAAAACCAGCAUGAUUAAAUAUUACCCAGAACAAAGUUCUGUGGACAUUUUUUAUUGUACCAUUGCUAUUUAUACAACAAUGAAAUUAUUCCGUUUUACAUUUCAAGUCAUUUAUAUAGGCCUAUUACAACGUGUUGCCGCAAGGACUGGGACGAUACUAGUAUCGCGAUACUUGUUAGUAUCGUGGCAAGGAAACAAAACACAAAGCAGAUUUAACUUCUUUAGGAAAUCAGCCCUAAUGUUGGA